AGACAGCGUAAUGGCAACAACAGUCUAGUUCAUUAUUUAUUUAAUUAAUAGUUAAAUUUAAAAAAGUUUUUUUUAGUUUUUAAUUAAUUUAGUGUUUAGUUUUAAAGAAAAACUGUGAUCAUAAUGUUGCAGUAUUUGGCUCUAGUUUGCUUCGUAGCACACGCGGGCGUGUCACAUGCUCUUCCCACCAGUAACGAGGUGCUGCCGGACCAGGAACUAGUCUUAGCCUUUGUUGUAAACAGACACGGUGAGAGAACACCGGAUGCCGAUGAACUCUCCCUAUCGAAUGAACAAGAGAAACUCAAAAAUCUGACGGCUCUAGACGGCUUGGAAGGUCUCACUAACGUUGGCAAACGCAGAGCAUACCAAAUCGGAAAGUUUCUCCGGCAGAGGUACGGAUGCCAAGGCCGCAAGUUGGUGUCGAAUUUGUAUCUUUACCACGAGAUUGCAAUUAGAUGUACCGACAAGGAUAGAACGAAAAUGACUGCACAGGUGGCAAUGUCAGCACUUUACCCCCCUGAAUUGGAGCAACAGUGGGACGAAGGAGUGGGCAAAGUCUGGCAGCCCAUCCCUUACACGGCUGUGCCUUUAAAGGAAGAUUAUCUGCGUUACUACUCCAACUGCGAGAAGUUCAAAGCCAUGAUGGCGAUCGCAAAACAGGAGUCCAUCAACGAAGAGUUCAAGCCAUUUGACCACCUCAUACCGAAACUAAAAGUCCUCACGGGACGUAACUUCACAGAAGACCCGCUGCUGUUCGAGACGCUAUUUGAUCUUCUAAGAAGUCAGGUCGGUCUAGGUCUAGAUAUACCAGAAUGGGCUAAGCCUUUACUUCCUAAAUUGGGUGAGGCCGCCAGACUCGCCUACAGGCUGUACUUCAGAACUCAUGAGAUGAAGAAAAUCGGUGGAGGUGUUCUUCUUAACAACUUCAUGAAUCUCGCAUCGGACAUAGCUGCUGGCAAGCCUGUCAAAAAUCGAUUGCGGCUUUUCUCAGCCCACGACUUCAACAUUGGUGCUCUGAUGGAGGUGUCGAAGGUGAAGAGCGAUCAGAGCAUACCCGAGUAUGGCGCUGUCUUCGCGCUGGAGUUGUACAAGUCCAGGAGUUCAGGGGAACUGAGCGUGAUGCCGGUGUACCUGCCUCAAGCCGGCGAGUCUACGGCAAAGGUUCUCCAUUUCGAAGGAUGCGAACUAGACGAAUACUGCAACUUCAGCAAAUUCCAAGUGAAAACGAAGGAGUACCUCCUCCCAGAGAAGGAGUUUUACAGCAUCUGCAACAUCAAAACGGAGUUAUAGUAAAAAGUAUUAAAUUAUGACAUAUAGGUAGUAAUAUUAAAGCCGCUACAGGUGACAUAUGUUUGUGUUACCAAUUUGCGACAUUAUUUUAGGCAUGAUCGUCAAUUUUAAUAAUAAAACAAGUGUUGAAUAUUAGUGUCAGCGAAAUUUAGAGAAAAUUACAAAUUAAAACGACGCCAUAUCCUUUAAAUGAGAUCUUAUUACGAUAAUGUUUUGGUUAGUUCAGAUAAGA